AUGGAAAACAAAAAAAAAAAAAUAUUUAAUGAAUCAACAGAAAAUGAAGAAAUGAAGAGUAAUAAAAAAUACUUGAAAUUAUAUGAUUCAGAUGAUGAAAAUAUUGAAAAUAAUACCUCAUUUGUAUUUUUUAAAAACGUAAAAAUAAAUAGUGAAGAAAAAAAUAGAUUAAGUAAAAUAUGCUGCACUAAGAAUUAUAUAUUCAUUAGUACAUCAAGUGUUUUUAAUGAAGUACAUAUUUUUAAUUAUAAUAAUUUUGCAAAUUUAAGAAAAAUAAACGAAACAAAUGGAAUUACUAAAUUAGAAGAAAAAGAACAGAAAGAAAACAAAGAGGAGGAAGAAAUCAAAGAGAAAAUAGAAGAAAAAGUAGAAAAUCAAGAGACUUUUAUAAACUUAAGUGAUGUUUAUAAUAAAAACCAUUUUUUCAAUGGAAUAAAAAAAAUGAAUAGUGAAAACAUAAAUUUAAAAAACACUAAAAUAAUUAAACAUUGUAAUGAAGAAAACAACUAUAGUAGUAAUAUGAAAGCAACAUUUAAUCUAAAUGAAACAAAUGAAAAAGGAAACAUAGAAAAAAAUUUUUUAAAAAUAAAUGAAAAGAAAAAAGAAAAUUCUUCAUAUCAUAAUAUAAACAAUAAAGGAAUACAUUUUCGUUUCAUUAGUGAAUUAUAUGAUGAUAUUCCUUUUAAAGAAGAGUAUUUAUAUUAUGAUAAUUUUGAUGGAAUUCAAAAAAAAAAAAAUGAUAAAGAUAUUAGAAUUAAUAAAGAGAUGAAAGAAGAAGAAAAGAAAAAAAAAGAAAAAGAAGAAGAUAUGAAAAAAAAAAGAAUAAUAGAAGAGGAAAAUUUAAGAAAUGAAGAAUUAAUGAAAAAUGGAUACUUUUUAAAUAAAAACAGCUUAGAAAUAAAUGUAGACAUAAUUAAAAAAAAAACUAGUAACAAAAAUAAUUUAAUGGAGUAUAUUGGUUCAUUUAUUAAUAUACCUUCUCCAGUAAUCAUGAUGAAAAAAAAUGAUAAUGAAAGUAUUUUGUCGUUAUUAACAUAUAAUGGUGCUAUAUAUAAUUAUGAUAUUAGUGAAAGUUCAUUAAAUGAAUUAAAAAAUAAAAGAUAUAGAAAACUAGAAAUGUUUAGGAAUAUUGAAAAUUAUCUUUUACAAGAAGAAUAUUAUGAAAAAAAGGAAAAUAAAUUAUCUAAUGAUAUAUUAGAUGAAUAUGAAGGAGAAGAAGCAACUUUAUCUCCUUUAUCAAUAUAUAAUUCAUAUUUUACUUCUAUUAUUAAAUGUUUUGAUUUUUUACCAGAUGAAAAAACAUUGAUUUGUGUUGGUUUAAAUAAAGAUUAUUUUCUUUCAUUUAUUAAUUGUUAUAAUGGAAAGCAUAUUGUAUUAAAUCAAAAGAUAAAAGUAAAAAAACACAGUAACUUAAAUAUAAAUUUUACGUUGAUAUAUGAUUUCAAUUAUAUUUAUGUCGAAAAAGAAAAGAAAAAUUUUAAUGGAGAAAUUGGUAACUUUGUUUAUAUAGGAUCAUCUUGUGGAUACUUAGUAUUUAUUUUUAUAAGCGAAAAAUUUUUACAUUUUGUAAAUAAUUUAUUAACUAAUGAUCAAAUAAGAAAUGGCUCCUUAUUUAUAUAUGAUGAUAAUUAUUCGAAUGACAUAUUUAAAUAUAUUAUCGGAAAUGUGGAUGAUAUAUAUAAAAUAAAGAAAAAUGAGUUAUAUGCAUUAUUUGAUGAUAAUAAUAAUAAUAAUAAUAAUAAUAAUAAUAAUAAUAAUAAUAAUAAUAAUAAUAAUAAUAAUAAUAAUAAUUUUUUAUUUUAUAAUUGCAAAGAAAAUAUUUUUAAAUGUGUGGAACAAAAUUUUUUUUCUUAUGCAUUUUUAAUUUCAAAAAACGUUAAAAUAACAUCAAUAGUUAGCUUAAAUACGAAUAAAAAUGAAAAUAUUUAUUUACUAAUAGGUUUAAGUGAUGGAAGAUUUAUGACUUUUUAUUUUCAAAUUUUUCCAUCUUGUUUAAAUAAUAAUUUUUCUAUUUGUAAUGAGAAUUACACAGAAAAACAUACUGUAGAGAAUAAAUUAAAUACACCAAAAAAAGAUGAGAAAUUACAUAAAUUAAAUAAGCAAAAUGAUUUUAGUGAAAAUGAAAAGAAUGAAAGUGUAACUAAAGAAAAUAAUGUUAGCGAAGAUGAUAAAAAUGAAAAUAUGAAUAAAGAUAAAGAUAUACAUGGUGAUAUUAUAAAUACUGAAGGUAUUUUAUUAGAGAAAAGUAACAAACUUAAUAAAAGACUAAAUGAUAACAAUAAUUAUCCAAUUAAUUUUAUAAAAAACAGUGAAAAAUUAAUAUAUGAUUUCACUGGUCUACAUAAAUCAACAACAAUAUCAAAAGUAAAUUUUUACAAAAAUAAACUGAAGAAUUAUUAUAUUUUAAUAAAUUCAAAUGUAAAAAAAAUUGGAGAAAUGUCUGACAAAAAUUUUUAUACAACAUAUAUAAUCGACUUACAUAAAAAAAAAAUUAAUAUUUUACAUCAACACCUUUCAUAUAUACUAGAUUCAUGCUUAUCUUCUUUUUUUUAUUUUUGUUUAGAUGAAAAUAAUACUAUUACUGUUUUUACUUUAUCUGAAGAUGCAUAA